CCGGGCGCUCCAGCUGCAGAGCGUCUCGUCGUCGUAGCCGUCGCCGCAGCCGUCGCCACUUGGCCAGGGGCGAGACGAAAGCAGAUUGCUGCAUUAAAAAAAAUAGCAAGGACAAGAGAUCACAAUGCAAGCUCAUGAAUUGUUUAGGCAUCUGCGAAUGCCAGAACUUGGUGACGUAAGGCAGUACGUGCGCACUCUCCCAACAAACACGCUGAUGGGAUUCGGUGCUUUUGCAGCUCUCACAACUUACUGGUACGCCACAAGACCCAGAGCUCUGAAGCCACCAUGUGAUUUAGCAAUGCAGUCUGUGGAGGUGGAGGGUGAAGACCAUGCCCGAAGAUCAUCACUACUUGAUAGUGAUGAGACAAUGUCAUACUACUAUGAUGAUGUGAAGACAGUUUAUGAUGUCUUCCAAAGAGGAAUGCAUGUGUCAAACAAUGGCCCUUGUUUGGGUGUAAGGAAACCAAAUCAACCAUAUGAAUGGAUCUCUUACAAGGAGGUUGCAGAAAGAGCAGAAUGUGUUGGCUCAGCACUUCUGAACAGAGGCUUCAAACCAUCUCCUGAUCAGUUCAUAGGAAUCUUUUCACAGAACAGACCUGAGUGGGUUAUCAUUGAACAAGGAUGCUACUCUUACUCUAUGGUGGCUGUACCCCUCUACGACACCCUUGGAACUGAAGCUAUUACUUACAUUGUAAAUAAAGCUGACUUAGCAUUGGUUUUUUGUGAUAAGCCUGAAAAGGCGAAGCUUCUGCUGGAUAACAUCGAGAAAGGAGAAAUAUCUGUCCUCAAGACAAUUGUGAUUAUGGAUCCCUUUGAGAGUGAUCUUGCCACUCGUGGAAAGAAAUGUGGAGUGGAUGUAAUCAGCAUGAAAGAAUUUGAGGCACUGGGAAGAGUCCACAAACACAAAGCUGUACUUCCAAAACCAGAAGAUCUAGCCAUAAUCUGUUUCACCAGUGGAACUACAGGAAACCCCAAGGGAGCAAUGAUUACUCACCAAAAUAUAGUGAGCAAUAUGUCGGCAUUUGUGAAAGCUACAGAGAAAGCAGUUUUUCCUUCUACAGAAGAUAUUUUAAUAUCCUUCUUGCCUCUGGCCCACAUGUUUGAGAGAGUUGUGGAGUGCGUGAUUCUCUGUCAUGGAGCUCGGAUAGGAUUUUUCCAGGGAGACAUCAGGCUACUUAUGGAUGACUUAAAAACUUUGCAGCCUACAGUGUUUCCAGUUGUGCCAAGACUGCUGAACAGAAUGUUUGAUAAAAUCUUUGGCCAAGCAAAUACUUCAUUUAAGCGGUGGAUAUUGGAUUUUGCUUCCAAGAGGAAAGAAGCGGAACUUAGAAGUGGCAUAAUUAGAAAUAACAGCCUGUGGGAUAAAAUGAUUUUCCGUAAAAUACAGGCAAAUCUGGGAGGAAAAGUCAGGCUAAUGAUAACAGGAGCAGCUCCUGUUUCUGCCAAUGUACUGACCUUCCUACGAGCAGCUCUUGGUUGUCAGUUUUAUGAAGGCUAUGGACAGACAGAAUGCACAGCUGGAUGUUCCCUAACAGUACCUGGUGACUGGACUGCUGGUCACGUUGGUGCCCCAAUGCCUUGCAACAUUGUAAAGCUUGUUGACGUUGAAGAAAUGAAUUAUUUUGCUGCCAAAGGAGAGGGUGAGGUUUGCAUAAAAGGGCCAAAUGUGUUCCUAGGCUAUCUGAAGGAACCCGAAAAGACUGCAGAAGUUCUUGACAAAGAUGGCUGGGUACACACCGGAGAUAUCGGGAAAUGGUUACCAAAUGGUACACUGAAGAUAAUUGAUAGGAAAAAACAUAUAUUCAAACUUGCACAAGGAGAAUAUAUUGCACCAGAAAAAAUAGAGAAUGUUUAUAUGAGGAGUGAGCCUGUUGCCCAGAUAUUUGUCUAUGGUGAAAGUUUGCAGGCUUUCCUAAUAGGAAUUGUAGUACCAGAUCCAGAUGUUUUGUGUAGCUGGGCCAAGAAAAAAGGACUGGGAGGCACCUAUGAAGAACUAUGCAGGAGCAAGGACAUUAAAAAAUAUAUUCUGGAAGACCUGUUGAAAGUUGGGAAAGAGUUUGGCUUGAAGUCCUUUGAACAGGUCAAAGGCAUUACCCUUCACCCUGAAAUGUUCUCUGUCGAGAAUGGCCUGCUAACACCAACAUUAAAGGCAAAGAGACCAGAGCUACGCAAAUACUUCAAGUCCCAGAUAGAAGAACUCUAUGCCAAUAUACAGAUGUAACUGAGGGAAACUGUUGGAGAGAAUGGCAUUUGCUAUUGACCUUCAUAUCUCUAAAUUGACUACAGCAAAUAUAGGGAAGGAAACAGUGCAAUCAUUAACUUGUACGCAAAGGGUACUCGACAUAGGAAAACUGAAGAAAAUGGAACACUGCCUUACUGUCCACUUGUGUUGCAGACCAUUUUUUAUGGUGACAUACAACUUCUUCAAUGCGCCUUAAAACUGUAAAUGGUAUCUAUGUGAUUUGUAAGUUAUUUAAGACUUCCUCAGCCAAAAAUGUGACUCUCUCCAAGGCAUGUAAAGGGAUGUGUGUGUGUGUUGCUAGCACAUUUUAUUGUCUUUAGUAUAUUGUGCAGCUGGUGGUUUCUGCCCCAUGGAGAUUUUUAGUGCACAUUGAGAAAGGCAGGUCCCUUAGGACGCUGGCAGAAACUUGGCUACUUUGGUUUCCUGUUGACUCCUUUGAAGCUUUUCUGGGUGUGUCUUAUGCCCUAGGAAUCUAGAUGAAACUACCAAUGCAAUACAUGUUGACUUCAUGAGCUCCAGAGAUGGUUGGGCCAUUGCAACAUCAUGCUGUAGCAUGCAUGUGGAUGGAAUUCCAGUGCUGGGGCUAACUGUCAUGCUCAUUCAUUGUUGGCCACUAGAUUGCCAGAGCAGGCUUAACCUUGGCCACUUUUAACUUGAUUAUCUUUGUGCAAAGUUGGCUUCUGCUUCACACUAUUCUCACUUUCUGAUCUCCAGUAUACAAAAAAGCCAGAAACUGGGAUGUGGUUUAACAUGGGACAUUCUUUCAUUAGGCAUGAAGUGGGGAAAGAUAUUUCAGUUACCAUGUAUCUGCACCUGUAUUUCAUUGGGUGGGGGGAAUGAAAUUGAGAUGCCUUGUAAUAAUCCAUGCUUGAGGGUUUUUCCACAUAGCAAGUCAUAAAUUCCUGUUUAAGUAUAUGUAAACAAGCACAAUGAAGUUUGCACUAAAGAUUGUGUAACUGUAAUGCACUACUCAGUUGUAUAAUUUCAUACAUAUGUACCCUAAUUGCACAGCCAAGCCAAUACUCAUAGAGUAUUAAGUCACUUGUUACAUUGGAGUUCGAAUGUUUGCUUAGUGUUGGCUAUUUCUAUAUUUUAUAAACCAAAAUUUCCAAAAAACCAAUGAAGGAAACCAAAAUAAAUAUUUCUGCAUUUAA